CUUUUAGCGACGGAAAAGGAAAAACAAUGACUGUCUGCGUUGGGUUGUAGAUUGGAAAUUUUAGAUUGGAGUUCUAAAAAUAUCGUAACAUUCAGAAGAGUCCGCCAGAAUACGAUCUCGAACAAUACGCAAAGGAAUGUUGCACGAUCCCUGCGUGCGCAGACCGUACGGAUCGUCAACUAACUCAGUAUGGUUCUCUGUCCCUUCAGCCACUAAAUCCCUCAAAAUGGACUUGAUUGAGGGUAGAGUUCGGUAUCGGAAAGGCAAAAAGUGGAAGCUUCGAUGGGCAGUUUUGAGACGGGUAAAUCCUGCGACUGAUGUUUUGAAUCUUGUGCUGUAUCCUGAUCGUCACCCAGAUCAGAACAAUGCAGGAGCUCGUCAUAAAGCCCUGCUAUCCCUCAAGGAGUUUAGUGGAUUGCAAGUGCUUAACAAGAUUGACAAACACUUCAAUGUUAUCGUCAUCAUAACCACAGAGGAGGUGAUUCCUCUGAGCUUUGAAACCAUAGACCAAAGAGCAGACUGGCUGGCUCUGCUUCAAGGCCACUUUGGAAAAGAAAAAUCCUUUGAAGGUAUCGUGCCACACAAGCAGAAGAUCAAAGCUGGAGAAGCUCACCUGCGUUUCUACGCCACUUUCUUCUCACUCACUAAGAAGGACAGCUAUCGUCUAAUCGGUCACUGGAAGUUUACAGCGCUACCCAAAUAUGGUGCUGUAGAAGCUGGAUUUGCCUUUCAGGCCAGCCAGGAGUCUCAAUCAGGGGAUAAACUUAUGACUUACUUCUUUGCUACUCGAGCUGGAAAAGAGAUACACGCGUUAUUUGACAGUGUGUGCAGAGCGGGAGAGGUGGUUCCUGGUCAAGAAUGUCUAUCAGAGUCAGGUCAGCCUGGCACUAGUGAGGAAGACGGCAGCCGACCAGGGUUCCUUAGGCGCGCCUGGCUCCGAAUGAGUGGCAAACGGUCGCCCAAAAAAGGAAAAGCACCCAGGCCAAGGAGUAUGAGCAUGCCGUCCUCAAGCCAGGGGAAGAAGAACAAAGCUGUAGGUACCGAGCAGAAAUCUCCAAUAGAGGCAGAAAAACCUUUGGUUCGGAGAAAUGAGUCGGUACCCUCAGAUAUAGGAGGUGGUCGAGAUCACACUGACAGUUUUAAUGAAGUAUUUUUGAAUAACGAAAAAACCUCUGUAGUCUCCCCCAAAAUCCCACCCCCGGGCUACCAGAAUAUACCCGGGGUGACACCCGAGGGAUAUCAGGUAAUGGAACCGGCGGAUGACGAGGCCUUCAAAGGUAGGAAGAGCAGUGGGGUAUCUGCCACCUCGCGAAAGAAAUCACAGGGGAAACGUCAGAGUGGACCAGAAAACGGUAAAGUUGACGAGGUGGAAGGAUAUGUUGAGGUAGAUGGAAGAGAUGAAGAACUACUUGAAAAAAUAAGGACAAACUCAUAUGCAAAAGAAAAACGCGGAGAUUCCGUCGAGAGAACCUCCCGCGGGUCAGACGGUGGGAGAACGAAGUCCUCCGCUUCAGAGAAACGGCAAAGCGAUAAAGUGGCAAAUAGUGUAAUAAAAGAAGAGGAGGGAGAAGAAGAAGUGAGAAAAAAAUCCGAAAUUGAAAAUCAACGGGCGUCGAAAGGAUUAGCGCAGUGUCAAAUUAUUGUUACUCCAAGUAAUGAGACCGACGAAGAAAAACUUAAAAAUGGAAGCGAAGAGACGGCGAAUAUCGACGACGUGUUUCUUCCAGAGGGAAUCAAAACUGUACGUGUUACAAGCGAUAAUGCUGAUAAAAAUCCUGAUUACGUGAAUGGUGAUAUUACGCUGAACGGUGCAAGUGUAAAAGCGGUCGAAAAACAUGUGAAUGGAACGUCUGGAAGUGUGUCUACGCGUCGUGGUAUGAAAACCCCGCCAAGCCUUUCCCUUCAGCCAACGUCAACAGCCGGCAGCGCAGAGCACCUUUAUGUGAAUUCACCAAAAAUCGUCGAUUAUGUUAACGUCAAAGGUGCCCGAACAAGCCCUGGCGGGAGAUCCCGCGUAAAAACCGGCGUAGCAAAGACUGGUACGAGCAGUAAAUCAAGACUAAACCCGUACGCUAUAUAUGAUGGGAACGAUGAUUCGAUUUACCAUAGUGUGGAAUCGUUAAUGCCUUCACAUCCAGGCUAUCAAAAUGUCAUGAACAGCGAUCCCUCGCGAAGUCACAGCUUUGAAAACAUCGCUGGUCAUUCGUACGCGAACGUGAUGGGCGGGCAUCCGUCCUAUCAAAACAUUGGGCACAGGGACCGAAUGUACGUUAAUGUCAUGUCACAGCAGAAUCAGGGCAAUUUAAACUAUAUAAAGCUUGAAGGUGUAGAUUCGUCUCACGGGUCCAGUCCGUUUGCAAGCACUUCGCCAAAAUCGGCAAAGCCAUCGAGCGAUUACACUUGGAUCGACGAGCGAAAAACCAAACUUUUGGCGGAUACAGCGAAAUUGCACUCUGAAAGAAGGCAGGAGAAUCUACCGCGAGUCAUGAAGAAAUAAUUUUGUAAAUAGUUCUCGAGCAUUAGAGGUUCUAGCCCCCUCCUGGCUUCGAAGGGAAGCGGGAAAACGCGCGCGAAAAUGGUCACGCAAUUCACACCAAAGUGUAAGGCGAGAAAACGCACGAAAAUUGUCACGUAAUACCUAGUCUGGGCCUCUCUGGCCCCUAACCAGGAGUUGCGACUGACCAGAUGUUAUC